CAAAACUCAUCAUUAUAAUGUUGUCAUGGCCAUUUCCACUUUGCACUUGCAGCAAUACAUAACUUCGCUCGUAUUCGUCAUGUUAGCUGCAUUGGCAACCGUAGCCAAACCUGCCAUCCUUCGCCGCGUAGCUGCAGCAUCCAACAACUCUCGUGACUUAAAGGCUACAUCAGGCGACGAGACCAUGGUGAUUGUGGUGAUCACUGUCGUGAUUGUCCUCUUGGUGGUGAUUGGAAUCAUGAUAUGUGUAUACCGUCGAUACUAUAACCCCGUCGGCACGAAAGAAGAUUGCGAAGUGCCCCACGAGUCUCUGUCAACGUCUCGUGCAGGCGGUCGGCCGUUCCUGUCGACUCUACUUCUCCAAGACCUCAAGACUCAGCGGCUUGCGAAUUCGGUCGCGGGCCUUACGUCCACUGGCACGGCUGGGAUUCCGUCUGCGACCAUGACGCUGCAGCUGACGGGGUCCAAUUCAACAGCUUACCCUUGGCCCACCCUCCGAUCGUCGGAGCUGCGGCGCACUGGCUUGGGCUCCAUCGACGACGACGGGUCUUCCAUCACCGAUUCGUCCUCGAACAUUCUCGGGUCCAUCCGCAGCGAGCAAACGUUGUCAGUCGCCGACUCGAACGUGCUCAGCACGUUUCGAAGCCACGAAACCACCAGUGUGGACGACGUCGUCCUCGUCAGUGGCGGACGCUAUUCGGCCAAAAUGACGCCAGGCGACCCGAACGAACAACAGCCGCAACUGCGCCUAUACCACGCGGCCGUGUCGGAAGAAGAUGGAGGGUCGUUUUACGACACGCCGUCGCCCAAGUCCAUCUUGCGCGAAGACGUCGUCAUUAUGCGACCAUCGAUGACUACCACGCAACAACACAGCAGCAGUCGAGGCCUCAACCAAGCCGAGUACUUCCAGUUGGCACGCUCCUUGAAUGGUGUUCGAAGGGGUGCCAAGUAGAUAGAAUCGUUUGAAUCCUAAAUUAAUGUAAGUAGCACUGUGUGUAUUCACAGCUUGCUUUGUGGCCA